AUGGCUCCUUCCCGAUAUGCAGCUGUCAGUUCUAAGGCCGCUUAUCUAAUGAAUCAAAGGUGUUAUCACGAGGCGAUUGAACUGCUUGGCGCAGCCUUGACAACGAUCCAGAAUGAGGUUCUGCCAGCAGGCGACUUCAAGGAAAAGCACAACACGGUAGCGGAAAUAUUUGAAGUCGAAGCUCCAGACUCCCUUCCGUCAUUCUCGUCUACGCACAGGAUCCUCUAUCCAGCAAGAGAUGUACCAUCUUACUACCUCUCUGUAGACACAAGGGGGUCAGUUGAAGGGAAUUUGUUCAAUAUUUUCGAUAGGGCCUUUGUCUUAGCUACCAUGUCCUCUACCUUUGCCAAUACGUUGGACCUACUCCAGGUCUCUUCCGCAGUUUUACUUUUCAAUAUGGGACUUGCAUAUCAUCAAGCUGGGCUGCACGAAGGAAAUUGCGGAAUGCUUCGAAACGCCUUACGCAUCUACGAAACAGUCCUCGGAGUCAUGGGACAUAUGGCUGUAAAUUUUUCCGUAGAUUGUAAAGGACGAGCUGAAUUGAAUCUUCUACUUACGGCUCUGCUGAACAACACCACUUUCCUUUACUACCACUUCAUGGAGCGAGAAAACACAAUCAAAUUCAGGCACAUUCUCACCAGGAUCUUAUUAUCAUCUGUUGAUCGCGACGAAAUGGCGUGCGCCGAUCCUGAAUUCUAUCGAUACCUAACAACAGUCAUCUUCGCUUGCGACCCACACAAAGCGUUGAAUGUUGCCCCGGCGGCCUAG